GAUGCACAAACACGCACCCAUAUAUGUAUUUAUAGCCACACUCGCAGCAACUCAUUUUGUCCAAGUCCCUGAAGAUGUUGCUCUUCAUCUUGCUUUCGCUCCUCAAUUUCAACCCGUCUCUGAGCCUAAAAAUCUGCUCCUUCAAUGUGAGGUCUUUUGGAGAAACAAAAAUAGCCAGACCUGAAGUAGUCGAUGCCGUGGUAAAGAUAAUUUCUCGCUGUGACAUCAUGUUGCUGAUGGAAAUAAAGGAGAACAAGAACCGGGUUUGUCCUCUGCUGGUGGAGAAGCUCACCAGUCAGCUGAAGGGGCCAAAGGAGGAAUACAACUGCGUGGUCAGUGAGAGGCUGGGAAGGAAGAGCUACAAGGAGCAGUACGCCUUCAUCUACAGGCAUCAUCUGGUGUCGGUGAAACAAACCUACCAGUACCCUGACACCCAGCCUGGGGACGAGGAUGCCUUCUCCAGAGAGCCCUUUGCCAUCUGGUUCCAGUCUCCAAAAACUGCUGUCAAAGAGUUUGCUAUAAUCCCCCUGCACACCACACCGGAGACAGCAGUACGGGAGAUUGAUGAGCUCUAUGAUGUGUAUUUAGACGUAAAACAGCGCUGGAAAACCGAGAACUUCAUCUUCAUGGGAGACUUUAAUGCUGGAUGUAGCUAUGUUCCCCAAAAGCAGUGGAAGAACAUCCGGCUGAGGACUUACUCUGAAUUCAUCUGGCUAAUUGGCGACAAAAAUGACACAACGGUGAAGAGAAGCACAAGCUGCCCGUAUGACAGGAUUGUGGUCAGCGGACAGAAGCUUGUCCACGCCGUGGUGCCACACUCUGCCAACAUCUUUGAUUUCCAGAAGUACUUUCAGAUGACGGAGGAGCAGGCGCUGGGGGUGAGCGACCACUUCCCUGUAGAGUUUGAGUUAAAAGCAAGAGGCGGCUUCUUCAACUGGCUGAAAUCGCAGUUUUCGAAGAAGAGGAGACCAAGAAAGAGCCACCGCUCCAGCUCAUGAGUGUGCUAAGUCCUCUCACGUGGCAUGGAAAUACACAGAUGCCAACAGAUCUUAUAGAAGACUAGUGUAGAUACACCCACAGCAAGUGCAAUAUUUAGUGGGAAAAAAAACCCAACCAAAUAUUUUGUUAAACUUCAAAUAUUUUGUGUAAGAAGGUAAGCUGAAACUUCAGGCUAUUUUCCGUAUUGUAUGCGAAAAUAAAUGGGCUAGAAGCAGCACACUAGACUUACGUACUGAUCCCAUAUGUAAAAGGCAUUGCAAGGAUGAAAUACUGUAAGGGCUGAAGGGCAGGGAUCUCCAUGCGUUCGUGCAGGCUCCAGAGCUCUGCCAUUCCUCUGCAGGGGCAGAGGGAUUAAAAGGACCUUUCUGCACUCCGUGCCCACAUGUGGGUGCUUCAGAGCUGCAGCCGGUGGGACACAGGUCUCUGCCUGGUGAUUUGCAAUUGAAAAUGUUGCUGAACUUAGAGUAUUUGCUCAGUGUGGGUUUGAAACUGCUUACAGCAUCGAGCGCUUGGGGAAAGACAGACAGAAAAGACAGAGGGACAGGCAGCAAGAGCCCCUUUUCUGCACUAACCCAGCAGGGAGCGGCAGGAACAGAGGACGGGUGGCUCCUGCUCCUGCCCGCUGCCACCAGCCUGCCUGCAAAUUGCAGGUGAGAGCGCCUGUGGAUCCCAGGUGGCAGCGCUGCCAACAGGGAGCAUGAGCAAAACUUAAAUUAAAACCUGAUUUCAGCAUCCUGGCAUGAAAGUGAGCUGCAUCUCCCCCCUCC